CUGCGCGCCCGCCCCAGCUAUCAUGGCGGCUCCCUUGGCUUUGCUGCUGGUAGUGGCCGUGACCGUGCGGGCGGCCUUGUUCCGCUCCAGUCUGGCUGAAUUCAUUUCCGAACGGGUGGAGGUGGUGUCUCCACUGAGCUCUUGGAAGAGAGUGGUUGAAGGCCUCUCACUGUUGGACUUGGGAGUGUCUCCGUAUUCUGGAGCAGUAUUUCAUGAAACUCCAUUGAUAAUAUACCUCUUUCAUUUCCUGAUUGACUAUGCUGAAUUGGUAUUUAUGGUAACUGAUGCACUCACUGCCAUUGCCCUGUAUUUUGCAAUCCAAGACUUCAAUAAAGUUGUGUUUAAAAAGCAGAAACUCCUCCUAGAACUAGACCAGUAUGCCCCAGAUGUGGCCGAACUCAUCCGAACCCCUAUGGAAAUGCGUUACAUCCCUCUGAAAGUGGCCCUGUUCUAUCUCUUAAAUCCCUACACGGUCUUGUCUUGUGUUGCCAAGUCGACCUGCGCCAUCAAUAACACCCUCAUUGCCUUCUUCAUUUUGACCACAAUAAAAGGUAGUGCCUUCCUCAGUGCUAUUUUUCUUGCCUUAGCAACAUACCAGUCUCUGUAUCCGCUCACCUUGUUUGUUCCAGGACUUCUCUAUCUCCUCCAGCGGCAGUAUAUACCUGUGAAAGUGAAGAGCAAAGCCUUCUGGAUCUUCUCUUGGGAGUAUGCCAUGAUGUACGUGGGAAGCCUAGUGGUAAUCAUUUGCCUCUCCUUCUUCCUUCUCAGCUCCUGGGAUUUCAUCCCUGCAGUGUAUGGCUUCAUACUUUCUGUUCCAGAUCUCACUCCAAACAUCGGUCUUUUUUGGUACUUCUUUGCCGAAAUGUUUGAGCACUUCAGCCUCUUCUUUGUAUGUGUGUUUCAGAUCAACGUCUUCUUCUACACCAUCCCCUUAGCCAUAAAGCUAAAGGAGCACCCAGUCUUCUUCAUGUUCAUCCAGAUUGCCAUCAUCUCCAUCUUCAAGUCCUACCCAACGGUGGGGGAUGUGGCCCUCUACAUGGCCUUCUUCCCUGUGUGGAACCAUCUCUACAGAUUCCUGAGAAACAUCUUUGUCCUCACCUGCAUCAUUAUCGUCUGCUCCCUGCUCUUCCCUGUCCUGUGGCACCUCUGGAUUUAUGCAGGAAGUGCCAACUCUAAUUUCUUUUAUGCCAUCACGCUGACCUUCAAUGUUGGGCAGAUCCUGCUCAUCUCUGAUUACUUCUAUGCCUUCCUGCGGCGGGAGUACUACCUCACACACGGUCUCUACUUGACUGCCAAGGAUGGCACGGAGGCCAUGCUUGUUCUCAAGUAGGCCUGGCUGGACACAGGGCUGCAUGGACUUCAGGAGGUGGAAGGGCCAGAAGCUGGGCCAAGCCCUCUAGCCAGAGUUGCCAGCAGAGGAGGCCUCUGGCAGAGGAGGUUCGGGUCCAGGGUUACAAAUCUCUGGCACCAGAGGGGAGCCAUGGCUGGCAGCAAGGCUGAGGGGGAGUAGCCAGGAGCUCCUCUACUUGGACCCUCCACUUUGUGGCUCUGCACACCAAGGAGCCCCUUCUGAGGCUGGAAAGGGGGAGAAGCAGGUGAGCAGGGUUUGUUAGGUUGUGGCUACUUAAUAAAAUUUUCUUUUUUGUUACAAAGAAAUCAA